AUGAUAAGAAGAGGCAAAAAAGUUAUCUCAAUAAUUAAUGCAUUCUCCAAAAGAAGGGUACAGACGAUAAUUCGUAAAGAUGAAGUAUAUUCAGCAGAUAGAUAUGAAGAGCUAAAUUUUUUAGAGAAUAAAAUAAAAGAUAAUUUACAUAAAUUAAAAUGUUUAGAACAAAAGAAAAUUCAAAGUGAUCGAAUAGUUUAUAAAAAUAUAUUAAAAGAACUUUUAAAAGAAAAAGAAAAUUUCGUUGCUGAUGAAAUGAUUCAUUUUUUGUACAUACUAGUAUAUAAUGAUUUAUAUUACUUAGAUAUAUGCUCCAACUUUUUUUCCUAUUUUUAUGAUAAAUAUUUGUUUUCGAAACGUUAUUUCAAUAAUGUAAAUGUAAAUAGCAUUAUUCACGUUAUAUAUUCCUACUACUUAUUUGAAAAUUACUACUUCUUAACUUGGCACAAGCGAAAUGUUCAUACUUUAAAAAAUAAUGAUAAAAAUAUUGUCGAAGAAACGGAUACACAAACGCUAAAGGGCGUCUUCGAGGACAGCAGCGUUCUGACGCACCCCCGGUUAAUCCGGAAGGAUGGGAGGAGCGGCAGGAACAAUAGUAGUAGCCCCAAUAGUAGUAGCCCCAAUAGUAGUAGCCCCAAUAGUAGUAGCCCCAAUAGUAGUAGCCCUAGCAGUAGUAGCCCCAAUAGUAGUAGCCCUAGCAGUAGUAGCCCCAAUAGUAGUAGAUUCAAUAGUAAUAGUCGCAGUAAUUGUAGCCGCAAUAGUGGAAGUCGUACGGGAGGAGGUCCGUGGGAAGACAGGGAACACACAAACGGGACUAGCAGAUACAGGGACUACUACAAUAAUGCCGCCUACAGGAGCUUUCAUAUUUACAAUUUCUUUUCCCCUUUUAUUAACACGAACAUAGACUAUAUAAAUAAAAAUCAUUUGAUAAAAAUUUUACUGGUCCUAUCACAGUAUGUGUACAAUUCUACUAUUUGUGGGGUUGCUCAAUAUGAAGAUUGUACUAGCAAAAGGUGUAUUAACUCGUUAUAUAAUGAUAAGUUUAAAAAUGUGGGGAAAAUUUUAUUUACAUUAAUAGAAGCAUUUGUUGAAAAGAUUAACAUAAAAAAAGAUAUAAAAAAAGCAUAUAUGCCAGAAACGAUAAACGAAAAAGAAAUAAAAAAAAAGAAAGAGAGAUAUAUCAAUUUAAUCGAUAAUUCGUACAAGAAUUUUAUUUACAUAGACAACGAUUUGAAUGAACAUAAAUUAAUUUGUCUUUUUUUUUACAUUAUUUCAAACAUCUUUUAUCCAAUUUCGGAAAAUUUUUUUUUCAAAGGGGGUCAUUUAUACAUAGACGAGAUGUCAAAUGGUUAUACUUCCAGUAAAUCAACUGAAGAAGCGAAAUUAGAUCAAAAGGAUAAAGAUUAUAUUAUAUCAUUGCGCAAAGACGCAAGUGCUAGCGAAAAUUUACGUGCAGAUAAUGAAUCCAUUUUUCCUAUAGUGGAUAUGUUUACAAUGCAUUAUAAUACUAUAGAAAUACGUAAUGUAUUUUACAAAAACACAGGAAGUGAGAAGACCAGUAUUGAAAAUUUUAUCAUAUAUAAAAAUAAUAUAUUAAAAAAUAUGAAAAAAAAUGUAUAUCUAGAUAGCAUAUACAGUUUAGAAGUACAUUAUAAGUUAAUUUUUUUUAAAGCAAUUUAUUCUUUAAAUUUUUUUAAAUCCCCUUUUUUGAAAUAUGUUUAUUUGAUACAUCAUUAUCAGAAAUAUAACAGUAUCGAUUAUUUUGAUUACUGUGAGAGGUUGCAUUUUCACAAUGAUCAAAAUGUUCACAUCGAAAUAGGCAAUGCUGAUGGUCAGAGCGAAACAAGAAAUGUGGAAAUGAAUCAAAGUAAUAUAUACAAAGAAGAUAUUAAAGAAGCAUCCGACAUAGAGGAUAUAAAGUACGAUAGGAUAACUGAGAAAACACGCGAACAAUGGCUAAGGAACAAAAUGAAAAACAUUUCAAAAAGAGGUUAUAUUUUCAAUAAUGAGUAUAUAAAUUUAUUGAACGAUAUUGACUGUAGCAUAAGAAACAAUUCAACUGAGCAAACUAUAAACACUUUACUUCAUAUGCAUUUGCUAAGAUUUAUGGAUAAUCAUUUUAUAAUUUUAUUUAUAUCAAAAUUAUGUAACAGUACUGAUAAAUUAAGAAAUGAACACAAAAAGAAAAUUAAUAUUAUUAUAACAUCCUUACUAACAUUUCUCUCCUCGCACAUAAAUUCUCCGAAUUUAUCUUUUCAAAAAAAAGCAAAAUGCUCCAUCAAUAUUUUCAAUCAUGUAUAUUAUAACAACAAUGUGUAUAUAAAGCAUUUAAAGAAGUUAUAUGACUUUGUUUUACUUAUGUAUAACAAAAAAGUUUUCAAAAGAAAAAGGAAGGAGUUACUAUCUUGGACUAAUUAUAAGUGCCUCUGA